AUUUUUCAUCAUAAAACGUACGGUCACACUUCUACUGCUGGUUGCAAAUAAUUUUUUAUUGUGAAAAUUGAGGAAAAAUUGCACUUAAACAGAAAUUAAUGGCACACAAGCGAGUGUUUAUCUACCCUGCACUACUGGCGAUAUGUUAUUUAGUUGGCGUGACAUGGGCUGAAGGUGCAACACAAACGCUGCCUUCGCUUGGCAGCAGCAACAACAACCACACAAGUCCACAAGGUGCGUCAGUUAUACCACCAGCAUUGAAAGCAACCGCAGCCGCCCCAGUGGCUUCAGCAACACCAUCCACAAGCGCAGCGCCCAAGGGCAAUGCGACCCACAGCAACAAUGGUCCAGAAUGUGCUUGUGCGGGCGCUCUGCUGCCUCAAGUGGACGCCAAUGGCAAGGAGCUGCCCAUAUGCGCCGAGUGCAAAUGUUCUCACGUAGCGCGCAACACGACGCUAAUAAAGGUCGUUGUCAUCAUUGUGAUCUGGAUCAUAUCCAUUUUAGUGAUAUACAUGCUCUUCCUCAUGUGUUUGGAGCCGCUGCUUAAUAAACGCGUCAAGGCAAACAAUUAUCAGGAGCACACCAAUGAAGAUGAUGAGCCAGCACCGCCGAUGCCCGUGGGCAGCAACAAUCAGGAGCUAAGUGCCCGGGCUAAUGUUCUAAAUCGUGUGGGACAUCAGCAGGACAAGUGGAAACGACAGGUGCGAGAGCAGCGCAGACACAUCUACGAUCGCCACACGAUGCUUAAUUGAGCGAUAUCAACAGAUGGUGGGAAAGUGAGAUAAAGUCGAGGGAAAUGUUUGGGAGCCGCGGCGACUUAAGACAAUGUAUUCCGGCAACAAUUUGCAUUAAAUAAUUGUGUAUUUUAA